AUGGCAACUUUCGACUCAGCGGCCGGUCAUGCGACUUCGAUGCGGACGGGUCAACGGGUUAGAGGUAGCCGGAUCAUGCUGAUGAUGCUUGGGGCCACAUCUAAUGGAGGCAGUGGCGCUGUCAGCGCUAGUAGUGAAAAUGGCGCAGUUGAAUGUUCAGAUGUAUGUGGUUUUGGAAGAGAUAGUGCCGAAGUCAGCCAUCCGGGCACGGGGGAAGUUGUGUCAUCGUGUGCAAUUGGUUCCGCUAAUGCUGAGCUGGCUGGUGCCAAUAAUGGGUCCUUGGCUCAGAGUGGAAGUUCUUUCAACUUGGGGCCUAGUGUUAUAUUGCCGAGAGUACAGCGAAAUGUUCUCAAGUGCCCCUUUUGUCUAAAGUAUACGUAA